GGACCCGGGUGUGCUGAUCCGCCCGGGACCCGGGUGUGUGCUGAUCCGCCCGGCACCGGUGUGUGCUGAUCCGCCCGGCACCGGUGUGUGCUGAGCCGCCCGGCACGGCCCUCCCGGGCCCCUCCAUCCCCGGGCGGCCCGGAGGGAGGAGGGAGGCCCGGGCGCUGGUCCCUCAGCCGUGUCCGAGUCCCCGCGGGCCGGGGGUGCUGAUCUCGUCCCGGUGCAGCAACGCCGGCCCCUGUUCGUUGUUUGUUCCCUGCAGGGAUGAUGAAGAAGAGGAGCAGCCACAGCCAGGCUCCAGCACUGAACAUGAAGACAGGCCUUCACCCAAGGAGCUAGAGGAGCUGGAACUGCUCAAUAGGGCCUUAGAGAAGGCACUGAAAGUCAGGAAAAGCAUCUUGAAAACUCCAUUAGAGGCUCAGGGAGCUACCAGAAAGAAAUGGGCAGGUGAGGCACAUGCUCCCAAGAAAGCUGAAGAGCAGCAGGUGCCUGUACCUGUUGAGGAUGUCCAUGAGUGCAGGAAGGUGAGAGCUGGAAGCAAAAAGCCUUUGUUGUUGAAGAAGCCACACCAGUUAAGAGCCCCUUACAGGACUGACCCAGACAUGAAGAAACUUCAGCAGAAAGUCCCAGCCAGAUGUGUUUCUCAAGGCCCCAGGACAGCUGGGAAGAUUUCCUCAAAAGGAAUGACUUCCAAACAAGGAAGGAGUCACAGGACAGCAACUGGUGCUAGUGCCAGACAGCAGCACUGCAGCAGCAGUGUCUGUGCUGCAGCAGAACCCUGGGAGACACCUGGCUUGUCUGAAUCUGCCCCAAAUGAGCAGCAAAGCUUUUCUGGAGGGGGUUCAACUGUGGGAAAGAAUUCCAUAGCUGAUGGCAAGCAGUUACUUGAUGCAGGGAAGAAUUGUGGUUUCCUGGGAGAGUCCAACAAGAAGGAGGAUGCUGCAGGUCCAUGGGAAAGGAACACCUCACUGGGGACAGGCACCCUGCAGGAAAAGGGAUGCCACCUGAAGCUCCCUCUGUCCUACAGGAAAGCCUAUUCCAGGAACUCCAGGGCAUGGCAGAGAUGUCGUCUGUGCCAAACAAGUGCAGAUGCAGCAGCUGCAAGGACCCGUUUUAUGGAGAGGAUCCAGACAACUUUUUGCUCCCCAAAGCUGAGCCUCAGUCCUGCAGAGAUAGAGGAGGAGUUAAGGGGCCUCCAGGAUGUCCCCUCCCGUCUGAGGCAGUAUGUGGAAGCUGAGCCUGUAGAUCCUCCCACUCUGAAAGGAGAGUAUGAAAGCCUUCUGACCUUGGAGGGCUUGCAAACCACAGUGUCCCAGUGCCUGCAGAAGCUGCAGCUGCUGCGAGCAGCUCUGGAGUCCCAGCUGAGGUUGCGCCCAGACUGCACUGGGGAUGUGGGGAGCUGCUCUCCAGCCUGUGUCCCUGCCAGGGGACAGACAUGUGACAGUGCAGACAUGCUGGCUGUGCCUCUCCUCUAUUACUCCAGUCUCCAGGAGCUGAGGGACCUGUUUGCCUUGAAGCUGCGAGUGUCAAUGCUGCACCAAGAGAUUGCCAUACAAAAGGUGAUGAUGGCAGAGCUGCUGCCUGUCCUGGAGCCCAGGCCAUUCCUGGAGGGCUCUGCAGGGCUGUUCCGGGCCAUCCACACCCAGCUCUGUGAGGGUGGCCGGCACUUCCCUGUGCUGGUGAGAGACGAGCUGCUGGACUGAGCUGGGGAGCCUCCUGCUAGUCCUGCAAAAAGACAGCUCUAAGCAAUAAAUCUUUUCUACUAACUUC